AUGUUCUCCAGCGCCCCUCCUCCCCAAAAUCGCCGCCUGAAAGUCACCGCAGGAACAUCCUACGCACCAGAAACCCACGAAACCGUCACCGUAAAUAGUACCUCUCCUCUGCAAUUUAAGAGCGACCACUUAGCCAGUAACCUCUGGGUCCGCAUCAAAGAUUAUACAGGCUAUCCAACCACCUCCCCUAAAACAAACACCUACUUCGACUCCCCUCCAUUCAGCCAAAACCUCUUCUCCCUCACCUUCACCCUCAAUUUCACCCACGACGUAAACGGCAACGACCUCAUCUUCGGGAAUGACUUCGACCACCCGAUCCGCUCAUACCUCCCAACCGGAUUCAAUACCGCGUUAAAGAUCGUUAAGUCCACGCUCGACCCCUCGUUGGAUGGCGACGCAUAUGCCGACAAGCCAUAUCUAUAUAGCCCUGGACUAGCAUCAUGGAACCAGUUCGCGAUUGGCGAUAAAGACGAGGGGGCUGAGAACAAUGAGAAUAUCAUAGUGCAAGAAGGCGGCACAGGAUCUGGGGUGGAGGGGAGGACUUAUGCUGCGGAUUUUGGUAAUGGGUAUUUGGAUUUUAAUGAAUUCGCGAUUCGGAUACCCGGGUUCAGCUUCCAUAUUGGCAAAUAUGUCAGUGAGAAGAACAAUGUCCUGCGCUACGUCUUGAAAAACCGCGCGACGGGGGUGGUCUAUUUGGUGAUUUGUUUGACGGUUGUGCUGGAAGAAGAGGCAGGCGAUAAUAGUGACGAGGGCGAGGGGGUCGAUAUGAUAGACGUAGAAGACGAACAAGAGGUAGAUGAUGUGGACUAG